AUGGACGCCCAAGCCUACCUCAUGCGCCACGGCUGGUCCGGCCCCGGUAACCCUCUUAAUCCCAACCGUCGACCCGGCCAACACGGCGGUCUCGGUCUAACCCGACCACUCCUCAUAUCGCGCCGCGAAAACAAAAUCGGUAUCGGACAGACGUCCAAGAAAGAUCCUACGAAUCAAUGGUGGUUACGCGGUUUUGAGGAGGCGCUUAGGGGCGUUGGAAAGGAUGGGACGGCUAGCCCGAAUACCGAGGGAUUGGCGAGGGAAGACAAUACGUUGACGAGGAAUGGAAGCCAGUUGUAUAAGUUUUUUGUGAGGGGGGAGGUUAUCCCGGGGACUUUGUUGCAGGAGGAGGAAACUGCUGAGGGGGUUGUGGUGGAAGUGGAGGAGACAUCUAUAAAGUCUGAAGGGAAGAAAGAGAAGAAAAGGAAGAGGGGUCAAGAAGAUGAUGAGAGCAAAAAGUUGAGGGAAGAAAAGAGAAAGAAACAAAAAAGGGACAGUUCUGAGACCGCGACCUCCAUAGAGCAAGACUCAGAUUCACGCAAGGUCAAAAAGAAAGAGAAAAGGUCCAAAAAGGAUAAAUCCAUCAACGUGGAUGUUUCGGCUACAGAUGAGAUUGAUAGUGCGCAAUCAACAGAUUCAAAAGAACGCAAACGAAAGAAGAAGAAUCGCUCCGAUAAAAUCGACGAUCAAGAUCCUGAUACGGAUAAAAAGUCAGAGAAACGAAAGGAGAAAAGGAGGGCUCGUCUAUCUGAAAAUGAUGAUCAAUCUAUACCUGACGUGUCGGUGCAGGCGGACGACAAGAAGAGUAAGAAGAGUAAGAAGGACAAGAAGGACAAAAAGACAAAGAAAGGGAAGGAGAGAAAAGACAAAGCGGGUUGA